AUGGCCAGACCCAACAACCCUGAUAUCGCCAAUAAGCCCGCCGAGGGAAUCUCUUACUUCACCCCCGCUCAGGUCCCACCCGCAGGAUCCGCUGCCAUCCCUCAGUCUGAUGGCGACCAACCGCCCAAGCUGUUUCAGCCUUUCAAAGUGCGCGGUGUAACAUUUCAUAAUCGCAUUGGGUUGUCACCACUAUGCCAAUACAGUGCGGAGGAUGGUCAUAUGACCGACUGGCACAUGGCACAUCUAGGUGGAAUCGCCCAGCGCGGACCAGGCUUCCUAAUGGUUGAGGCAACAGCCGUCCAAGCAGUAGGCCGCAUCACACCUCAAGACCACGGACUCUGGAAGGACUCGCAGGUCGAGCCCCUGCGCCGUGUGGUUGAAUUCGUGCAUAGCCAGAAUCAAAUCAUCGGUGUUCAGCUAGCCCAUGCAGGCCGGAAAGCUAGCACCGUCGCACCAUGGCUCAGUAUGGCCGACACGGCCACCGAAGCUGUGGGCGGUUGGCCUGAUAAUGUUAUAGGGCCAAGUGAUAUUCCCUUCCACGACAAGUUCCCCACACCCAGGGCCAUGACGAAGGCAGAUAUCGAACAGUUCAAGAAGGAUUGGGUUGACGCUACGAAGCGGGCCGUGAAGGCCGGAGUGGACUUUGUGGAGAUCCACAAUGCUCACGGCUACCUGAUGAUGAGUUUCUUGUCUCCGGCGACCAACAAGCGAACCGAUGAAUACGGAGGCAGCUUUGAGAAUCGGAUUCGCUUGACUUUGGAGGUGGCAAAGCUCACCCGCGAGACCGUUCCGAAGGAUAUGCCGAUCUUUCUACGUGUAUCAGCAACGGACUGGCUGGAAGAGGUUAUGCCCGAUGACCCGAGCUGGCGAGUGGAAGAUACGGUUCGCCUCGCUGAGAUCUUGGCAGAGAGUGGUAACAUCGAUGUACUUGAUAUUAGCAGUGGGGGUAAUCAUCGGGCCCAGCACAUCCAUGCUAAGCCAGCAUUCCAGGCUCCAUUUGCUAUCAAAGUCAAGGAGGCAGUGGGAGAUAAGCUGAUGGUUGGUUCUGUUGGGAUGAUUGACUCGGGUCAUCUGGCCAAUUGUUUGUUGGAGAACAAUGGUCUGGACUUUGUUCUGAUCGGGCGUGGGUUCCAAAAGAAUCCAGGAUUGGUCUGGACCUGGGCUGAAGAGCUGAAUGUGGAGAUCGCCAUGGCGAAUCAAAUCCGGUGGGGCUUUUCAAGUCGAGGAGGAGGGGUAUAUCUGAAGAAGCGAGACGGGAAGAUGUAG